CCCGGAAGAGGCUCUUGAAGGCUGAGCCAAGAUGGCGGAGUACUUGGCAUCCAUUUUCGGCACAGAAAAAGAUAAGGUGAACUGCUCAUUUUAUUUUAAAAUUGGUGCCUGUCGACAUGGUGACCGCUGUUCUCGAUUGCACAACAAGCCAACUUUCAGCCAGACAAUUGCUCUCCUGAACAUUUACCGUAACCCUCAAAACAGUGCCCAGUCUGCUGAUGGUUUGAACUGUGCCGUCAGUGAUGUGGAGAUGCAGGAGCACUAUGAUGAGUUCUUUGAGGAGGUCUUCACAGAGAUGGAGGAGAAGUAUGGCGAGGUGGAGGAAAUGAAUGUAUGUGAUAACCUUGGAGAUCAUCUGGUUGGAAAUGUGUAUGUGAAGUUUCGUCGUGAGGAGGACGCCGAGAAGGCGGUGAUUGAUCUGAAUAACCGGUGGUUUAAUGCGCAGCCCAUCCAUGCAGAACUUUCUCCUGUCACAGAUUUCAGAGAGGCUUGCUGUCGCCAGUAUGAAAUGGGGGAAUGCACUCGAGGUGGUUUCUGUAACUUUAUGCACCUGAAGCCAAUCUCCCGUGAACUGAGGAGGGAGCUGUAUGGGCGCAGGAGGAAGAGUAGACAUCGGUCUCGGUCUCGGUCUAGAGAGAGGCGUUCUCGCUCCAGGGACAGAGGGAGAGGUGGUGGCGGUGGCGGUGGCGGUGGCGGCGGCGGCGGCGGCCGAGACCGUGAGAGACGUCGCUCCAGAGACAGAGAGCGCUCCGGAAGGUUCUGAUCCAAAGCGAUGGAUAACUUUCCCUCUCUUCUACUUCCCUUUUCCCCCAGAUGAACUCGGGGCAUAAUGGAAGGGGGUCACUCAUGACCGAAACCAUACACAAUUGGAAAACAUGUUAUGUUGAUUGUUUUUAUUUCAAUUUUUUUGUAUUUGAUUUGUGAAGCAGAUAUGUGAAGCUUCUCAAUAAACUGAAUGGUUUUUAUGGAGUAUGACUGUUCUUUUUCUUCAACUUUUUUUAUGUAUUCAGAUUAAGGACGCAUGAAAAAACUGAGUUAAUUGUGUGUCCUUUCCUGACGCCUUUUUCAGUAAAUCUGUGGAACGGCUCGAUGCUAAAUAUAUUCAAAGGAAAACAUUCAGAGGAGGCUUUCCUUUUUUUUGUUUCAUGGCGCCAAAGAAAUGUGGCUCCUCAGUCCAGCCCUAUGCAAUCAUUUGUUGGUAUGGAGAUUCAGACAUGUCAUUACAGGUGCCCAGAAGGUAACAUUGUUUUGACAAAGACACAGUCAAUUAAACUGCAAUAAAUUGUUUUGUUUUGGGGUUUUUUU